AUGAGUCAGUCAAGAAGAGAUUUCAAUCGACAACACGAAGAAUUCGAGCCUCGUCAUCAGAGAUUUGAUAUUCAUCCCCGUUUCCGUCGUCAAUAUUAUGGAAUGAAUGGCGGAGGAAUGGGUGGAGGAAUGGGAAUGGGAAUGAUGGGUGGAAUGGGUGGAAUGGGUCAACAAAUGGGUGGAAUGGGUCAACAAAUGGGUGGAAUGGGUCAACAAAUGUUCCCAGGCGUCAUGCAAUCUUCAAAGAAUAGUUGGGGAUCGUUCUCUUCUCAACGCGAAGGUGGAUUCAACAAUCAACAGCAAUCGUUGAUUAUGGGU